UAACACUGGUGACAUCGCAGCAGCAGCAUCUGGCUGCUACCUUUAGCAAACUCCGCUGAGAUCUGACUUUGUAAAGUUCACAUUUUGUCAUAUCUAUCUCCAAACAAUGCAGUCGGAUACUUUGUUGCAUGUCGCCAAUUUCAGCACACUGUUUGUGUGCAUGGUGCUGAAGUUCCCGCAGAUUUUUGUACUGAUGAGAGCGAAAUCAACGACUGGAGUCAGCCUCAACAGUCUUCUGCUCGAGUUGAUCGGGUUCAUUGUUUUUGUUACGUACCAGAUGUACUAUGACUACCCACCUCCAACAUACCUGGAAUAUCCAAUCCUCAUUGCUCAAGAUGUCAUUCUUCUGCUCCUGAUCCUUCACUACAACGGCAGCCUGCGGCAGAGCGUCAUCUACACAUUGGUGUUUGUCGGAGGUUGGAGGCUCCUCACUCUGGAGAAGUGGAUCAUAGAUUUGGCCAUGAGCCUCUGCACAUUCAUCAGUGCAGCCAGUAAAUUUGCACAACUCCAAUGCCUGUGGAAGUCCAAGGACGCCGGACAGGUUAGCGCCCUCUCGUGGGCCAUGGCUACCUACACAUGCAUAGCACGGAUUUACACCACCACAGUGACAACUGGAGACAUGCAGGUUCUGGUGCGGUUCAUCGUCAUGACUUCACUCAACAUGUGGGUACUGCUCACUGUGCUGUACUACCAGAAACACAGCAGCAGGUCCAAGAAAGAAGACUAAGCUUCAAAGUUGGAUCCUAAAGGCUGACUUCUACAAACCUGCAGUUCACUCGUGUCUUCCAACUCUGUUCGCUGGGGAGAUUACUGGGUAAAAAACAGGGUAACAAUUGUUAUGGAGGCAGCUUUUGUAAUGCCGAACCCUUUAAAUGGUCAUGUGGUAACAUUUUUACCUCAGUAUUAAACCCACACAUCUUUUUAAAACAUUUCAAUGACUAAAAAUCUGCUGCUUGUAACUAAGAGCACAGACCAAUGAUUUGUCAUACUGUAUGUGGAAAUAACGUUACAGCACAAGCCAUGCAUAUGUGAUCAUCCUACUCAGGAGGAGAAAUACUGUAUUUUGAAAAGCAUUUAUCUUUUCUGAACAAUUUUAAUAAAGCAAACAUUCUAGCUUCUUA